AUGAUGUCGCUGUCAGCUGGCAACGAUACGUUCGCCCAGGUGAUUGCAGUUGACAAGCACUUCGAGAUCUUCAACCGAGCUUGGUGCAUGGCCGAGAUUGCUGCCGCCCACUCAGCAGGCAUGUCUCAGUCUCUACAGCUGCCGUCCCUGGCCCACCUGGAGAAGCAGGGCGGACUCGUCGACCUGAAAAUCAGCAGCGCGCAGGCCAGCAUGCCAGAGGACAAGGAGGCGAUCUUGGGCCGCAUCCCAGACCACGACGCAUUCGACCGCAGUCUUCGAGAGCUGGUGUUCGGGCAGCUGCUCCCGUCUUGGUCGAGACUCGACUCGUGCGACCAGAUGCUGCAGGCGGGGCGAAUCGCUCGCUGGCAGAGCGUCGUGCAAAAGCAUUCCGCUGUGGCCUAG